CGGACGUCAUCAAGCCGGGACAGGACACUGACGCCGGACCAGAGUGGGCGAGUACGGCGUGGAGCAGAAUCUUUGUCUGGCAGCUGUUCCACUACGGGGAACACGGUUGCCAUGGUGACACUCCAGCUACACUAACGUGCCGUCACGUCAUCGGCUGGGUCAGAGGAGGACCAACGGCAUUGGACGCCGGGCGGUGAGAGGCGUGCGGCGGAGCCUAUGGGCGACAGCCAGUGCUUGGCUGUAACCAUGGGGACAGAGGCACAGCUAAUCGCGCCACGGACGUCAUCAAGCCGGGACAGGACACUGACGCCGGACCAGAGCGGGCGAGUACGGCGUGGAGCAGAAUCUUUGUCUGGCAGCUGUUCCACUACGGGGAACACGGUUGCCAUGGUGACACUCCAGCUACACUAACGUGCCGUCACAUCAUCGGCUGGGUCAGAGGAGGACCAACGGCAUUGGACGCCGGGCGGUGAGAGGCGUGCGGCGGAGCCUAUGGGCGACAGCCAGUGCUUGGCUGUAACCAUGGGGACAGAGGCACAGCUAAUCGCGCCACGGACGUCAUCAAGCCGGGACAGGACACUGACGCCGGACCAGAGCGGGCGAGUACGGCGUGGAGCAGGUAAAAACACCAUCUUCAUGCUUGUAUAUCUGAGUCUCUCAUCUCUCUCUGGCUACACUUUUCACACCCCAAGGAAGUUUGUCUGCAAAUGUCUGUGAUCCUUCUUCAAUGCAAAAUAACCUCUGUUAAUUAGCUGAACUUCUGAUUGCAUACCUCCCCCUUUGCCAGCUGAUAUAGUUGGAGCAUUUAAGAGCAAUAUUAUCAAGGCCUGCAGUCAGGACUUGGCCUGCUAAGAAUGUGAUAUAAGAAUGGAGUUAGAACCGGAGUUUGAACUGGAUUUGGACUACGCUAAAAUCACGAAUAAUACAAUUUCCCCAAACACUGCAACUCAGGACCAUCAUGUGGCCUCUCCUCACCUCUGCCUUGAGAACACCAGGACCAAUGCCUACUACUUCUCUGUCCAAGAACAUCAUGACUGCCCCCAAGACUACCCAUCAAGCUGAGCAGGGAACUGAGGGGCGUGCGCAUCAGGACCAGAUUUUGCUGGAAUCUUUGUCUGGCAGCUGUUCCACUACGGGGAACACAGUUGCCAUGGUGACACUCCAGCUACACUAACGUGCCGUCACGUCAUCGGCUGGGUCAGAGGAGGACCAACGGCAUUGGACGCCGGGCGGUGAGAGGCGUGCGGUGGAGCCUAUGGGUGACAGCCAGUGCUUGGCUGUAACCAUGGGGACAGAGGCACAGCUAAUCGCGCCACGGACGUCAUCAAGCCGGGACAGGACACUGACGCCGGACCAGAGCGGGCGAGUACGGCGUGGAGCAGUACGCCAGAGAAGCAGCACAGCCAGGCCACAGCCAACACUGCCAAGAGAUGCAGAUGGUGGCAAUGCCGGUUCUUCUUCGGCAAAUCCACCUACACUAAGGCGCCCAUCACAGGGCUCGGUUACUGUGGCAACGAGGCCACCCAAGAGACGCCGUCUUGAGGCUCCAGCUCCAGCACCAGCAUCACCACCCCAACGGCGCAUCUCCGCAGUGUCGGCCGUGCCACCACUAGCUCUAUUGGCCAGCCCCCAAAGUGAGGAUCCACAAUCCCCUCAGUUGUCUGACCCAGCCAUCAUCACCGAGGAUGCCCAGCAGGAACGUGACCAGGAGACCUUCACACUCCACCUGCAGCCCAUCGAUCUGACUCAGACAACCACGCCGCAGGACAUACCCCAACCACCCCAAACAUCCCACUGCCCCCAACUGAGCACAACACAAGUUGACACACAAAUGGGCCCUGAGUUUUGGAGCCGUUGGUCGUCACAACAGGCGCAAUACUGCGCAAGCCUCAACACCCACAGCCAAUACCUGUCAAGUCUGCCCCAUCAUUUGCCUAGACUGAGUCGCAACUCAGGCAGACUUAUAGUGCAGGUGGGCCGAAUCGCUAACUCCAUGGAACAGAUGAGGGCAGACAACACCCAAAUGCAGUCAAACCUCCAACGCAUCUUGGCAGCAACAAUCACUUAUACAGAUCAUACAACACAACCAAAUGAUCAGCGACAACCUCUCACGCAUGAUAGCUAGCAACACUGCCGCUAACACUCAGCUCAGAGCAAGCUUGAACAAUCUAAGUCAAAGCCUUAGUGUGUUGGCAUCACACCAUGCUACAUCUAGUUUUGGGACGACACCAAGCCACACCCCAGUUCAUUCCCCAGUCCGAUGCUCAAGUCGAACCCGCACCAACGAGCCAGCACAAUCCUCGGGACCCAGCACACACAAAAAAAAUAAUAAUAAUAAUGUUCGGUCAGAAUAUAUUGACCAUUACAGUGUUUUUUCUUUAAGAUUGGUCUCAAAAAGUUGUGUGUUAAAAUUAAUAAA